AUGAUGGUAUUUUAUUUUAAUGUAUAAUAGAUGAAUAAUAAAGAGAUUGAGAAUGUAAAAUUGGUUGCGUUGUCUGGUUUUGAUGAUGAUGCUGAAUCAAAGAAAUGUGAAAAGCUUAUUUUGAUUUUUUUAUAUCAAUACUAAUUAAGUUGA